CAUUGGACCUAAGCUUAUGGAGAAGAUACCUUGUGAUGAAAAUAACUGCUCAUAUUUAGAAUAUCUCAAUUGCCAUAUUAGUGGUAAUACUUUUGAGUUGAAGUCGACAACUUCAUCACUGGAGAAACUCUGUAAAUCUAAAGCAACUGGCCUAGAUAAAAUAUCUGCUAAGCUUCUUCGCUACUGUCCUGACCUACUGUCGGAAUCCCUUACCGUAAUUUUCAACUGCUCUAUUAAUACCGCUAUCUUUCCUGAUGAAUGGAAAUGCUCAAAAGUCCUUCCAUUAUUUAAACACGGUGAGCGUAGGGACUUGAAUAAUUAUCGCCCAAUUUCGAUAAUCCCUGUUGUAGCGAAGGUUUUCGAGCGAAUUAUUUAUGAUCAAAUCUAUGCCUUUCUUACUGACAACAAUUUACUAUGUAAUAGCCAGUCAGGGUUUCGAAGUCUACAUUCAACUGUCACCGCGCUUCUUGAGUCCACCAAUAACUGGGCAUACAACAUUGACCAAGGCCGAGUUAAUGCUGUAGUUUUCCUAGAUCUUAAGAAAGCGUUUGACACAGUUAACCAUGAUGGAAUUUUACUAUCAAAACUGAAUGCGUAUGGUCUUGGGGGUGCUGUGGCUAAUUGGUUUAAGUCUUAUCUAAGUGACCGCAGUCAAAAAUGCUAUGUUAAUGGUCACCUUUCUAAUAAUCGUACGUUACUCUGUGGUAUUCCACAGGGGACUAUUUUAGGACCAUUGUUAUUUUUACUGUAUAUAAAUGACUUACCAAAUUGCCUUGAGCACUCCCAGGCACGAAUGUACGCGGAUGAUACUAAUUUAACAUUUGCAAGUAACAAUAUUGACGACAUAAAUUAUCACCAUGACCUUGCAAAUGUGAACAAAUGGCUUAUCGCCAAUAAGCUUACUUUAAAUCAAUCCAAAACUGAAUUUAUGCUAAUUGCCUCACGACAAAGAAUAGCCACAUUUCGAUCAGUUCCAUGUUUAGAAAUAGACGGGGUUUCUAUUGACAAGGUUUUACAAGCAAAAUCUCUCGGAGUGUACCUUGAUGAGAAUCUAUCUUGGAAUAUACAAAUUAAUGAAUUAACAAAAAAGAUUGCUUCUGGUAUUGGCGCUUUAAAACGUGUUCGAUCAUUUGUCCCAGUCGCAACUUUGCAAUUAAUUUUUAAUUGCUUGGUUCAGCCAUAUUUCAAUUACUGUUGCACAGUUUGGGACAAUUGCAACAAAACCCUAGCUGAAAAACUUCAAAAACUACAAAAUCGUCCAGCUAGCAUUUCGAAGUUCGCGGGUUCUGAACCCAGCCGCGGCAGGAAUAUUUUUUUCAUGUGGAAAGGUUUGGAAUCAUUCACUUGAGAACAUUUCAUUCUAUCAUAUUACCGAGUGAACAAUAUCACAACAUCACAUAUAUAGGGAUAUUUUACAGAGAUAUUGUUAUUUUACAGAUUUAUUUUUUAUGAAUUAUAUAUGUAGGUAUUUUCCGAGAUAACUGUCUUUUCAUUGGAGCAAAUGUAAGACAAGCUGUGAAUGACGGUCGUGCUGACUUCAUGCCAGUGUUCCUCAGUGAAAUACCACUUUUAUUCCGAAGAAAUAUUUUAAAUAUUGAUGUUGCUUUGGUACAAGUUUCACCACCUGAUCGACACGGCUUUUGUAGCCUGGGACCAAGUGUCGAUAUUGCAAGAUCAGCCAUUCAAAAUGCGAAGUAUAUAAUUGGUAAGGAUAAUAUUUUUUAUUAGCAAUUCAGAAAUCACAUUGGUUGAGAGUAAAUUUUCUAAAUUUUUAAAGGUUGUUAUUUAAACGAUCUUGACCAUGCGGUCAUACUUAAAUCCAUUUCAGUAAUCACUGUAGAUUAAAAGUAAUCAUUUUUAAUUAAAAGUUUUAUAUGAAGAUCCUUUAUAAUUUAUUGCAGUAAUAAAUUUACGUGGUGUUUCCACAAACAAAACUAUUAUAUUAAAUAUUAAACGCCUGCUCAUAUGGGCCGGUUACCGAGAUAUCUCGCAAUUUUCGGUUAUUUUACUAUGGCCUUUUUACAUCGUGUUCAUAUAAAAAAAUAGUUCGGUUGCGGUGAUCUCGGCUGUAUUAAUAGCCGACACGAUAGGAAGGUGGGAUAAAAACAAGCCAGCCCGCUUGCAACAAAAACGAAAUUUUAUGCGGAUUUUGCCGUUUAAUUUGAGGAUUUUGACUUUCUGAUUUGACUUGUUCCACCGCUAAAACAAUGCUUUCCUUUCCAAAAAAAUUAAACAUAUCGUUAAAAUGUCUGUGUGUUUAGACCCUUUCAAACGAGUUAAACAUUCCACACUGUUGGUGCAACAGUGUCAACACAUCCUCUUCAUUUGUUUGGUGUUUAAUAAUCAUCAUACGGUGCAUCCUUAAAUCUAUGAUGUAUAUAUAUCAUCACAGGUGCACUUUUAUGUAUGACGUAUAUCAUCAUGAUCAUACAGACACAUUGAUUGGCCUACCUCCCUUCUAAAGUGAUUACUUAUUAAUAGAUUAGAGUGUUGUGGUGCACACUUAAUUAUAUUCAACUUUAAGGUGGCUCCAUACAGUUCCGUAGUAUAAAUCCCUUAUUGCGUAAAAAUGUCAAAUUAUAAUUUUUAUCACUUCAUCUAUUAAUUUUAAGCAUUCCCGAGUAUAAAUUAAGUAUUUGGUAGAAAAGGUUUGCAAUAUUCUUGAACAUAAUAUUGUUUCCAUGGUAACAGUAGUCUCACCAAAUAUGGUAUUUUUUUCUAUUUUAAGCAGGUUUUUAUUCUUUAUUUUCCGAAUAUUGCCGGUGACACCCCAUUUUUAACUGCUCUAUUAGUUUCACUUUUAAUGCGGAAUCUUAUCCCUGAAAAUAAAAAAAUUCUGUAGAGUAGAAUAGCCAGAAUAAAAAAUUGCGGAUUUAGAGUCUUCCAGUCUACAGAUUUUUUUAAAUUUUGAUAUUCUCUUUGUAAAUUUCAUGACAUGUUACCGUGCAAAAUUUUGAAUUACGCCGUAUUAUUGUGGUAUCUCACUCGCUCGGCCGAAAGUUUUUCGAGCUCUGCGAGAUCAAUGAAUUGACAUGCGCGUACAUAUUUUCGCAGGCGCAUCUCCAAAAAACAUACACAAAAAAGUUUUUAGUCUCGUCGAAAUAUCUAAUAUAUGUUGUGUUUUCUUGCUUAGAAAUGCAAAUAUCUUUUGUUUUGCAUGCUAACUCGGGAUAACGCCAAGAAAACAGGUGAUUGUGUCGUUUGGUAUAAGAUACAGUCGAACCCCUAUAAGCGGACACCUCUCUUAAGCGGACACCUCUUUUAAGCGGACACAUAUCUCAGGUCCCAUUUGGUUUCUUUAAUAAAAAACUAUUAUCAUAACCCCUAUUAAGCGGACACCCCUCUUUAACGGACGCGGACACCUUUCUGGAGGUCCCAAUGGGCAAAUCAACCUCUCUUAAGCGGACAGAUGACAGAUUGUCUGAUAAAAUGUAUUUAAUAUUCGACAGUAAAUAACAAUUGAGAUCAAUUUACAUGGCACAUUGACAGUGACACACCAACUUGGCGCGCAGACAUCAGAGCCAAGAUUAUUGAGGAAGUGACGAAUGAGGACGGAGGACUGUGAGCCGCCAGCCAUGAUGAUACUCAAAUUACACACCUAAUUACACACCUUUGCCUCCUGCUGUGUUUUUCUACAUACCCCUUUUAAGCGGACACCCCUUUUAGGCGGACACUUAGGCGAGGUCCCGAAGGUGUCCGCUUAAUAGGGGUUCGACUGUAUGUGUGACAUGUAUGAACUUGGCUUUUCUACAUAGUUUUAUAUUCGUUUCCAGUCGUAUAAACUUGUGUGUUUUCAUGUUGUUGUUGACAAUUUAAAACAGUUUGAGCGGCGCAUGAUGCUGUUUCAAUGAAUUCCUUUGCUGUUAGUAACACUUUGAAUACAUUUAGCAGUUGUAAGUGCAAUCGAUCGCCGGUUUUCACAAGAGUUUGAACGUUAAACAUUGCAUUUUUUACCUUAAUUUACCAUUUCAUCUAGAAAGACUAGUUAUUCAAUGUUCAGGGCUAAAUCAGGACGAAGUUUGUUCUUUGAGAAAAAAGUAAGAACAAGAAAGACUUAAAACAUCAAAAUAAACAUGACUUGUGGUUCGGAUUUUUAUAGACUGAAAAAGUUGUAUUUAUUUUUGCAUAUAUUUUUAACAUUUUCGCGUGAAAACUAAAGAUUAGAUACUAGUCCCCCGAUGAUGAAAAGUGUAUGGAGCCACCUUAAGCUGAACACGUACAUGAUAUACAUCAUGGAUUUAAGUAUGACCGCAUUAUCAAGAUCGUUAAAUGUCGGAGGGGGAGGGGUCCAGGGAUGUGCAUGAUUAAUGAUCACGCGUAAAUAGGUCCUUUCCAACUUGCCGCACUCGCUCGAAGCAAAACAAAGUCUGUCGAAAUAUUUAGUGUAAUAUUGGUUUGGUUUAAAGGGAUAUGGCAAUAAAAAAUAUUUGUCUUAUUUGAAAGAACUUUUAAUUAAAAGUUUUAUAUGAAGAUCCUUUACAACUUUUUCGUACCUUGCUUGGUUUUCGAAAUAUUUUGACCAAAAACAGUAUGCAGUUUCUUCGAAAAGUUUCUAAAACUUCUUCAUGUGGGACUAAAUUUCUUCGAAAACAUGUUGUGAGUUAAUUGAGUACUAUAAAAAGACUUCGGAAAAUCGAGUUUCAUAUUGAUAAUGACAUGUGCAUGGUGUGCAAGAUACGAAUUUCGCUUUUGACCCUACUUGUGACGUAUGCGUUAUUAUUAUAUGGCUUUUCAAAAUUCUCUAUUCUGAUUGGUUGACAAGCGGUCCGUAAAAACCCAUACACCGUGUCAAUAUUACACUAUUCUUCGACAGACUUUGGUUUGCCUCCAUCGAGUGCGGCUAGCUGCAAACGACCUACCUAUAUUCUCACAUUUUGCUAUUUACAACGUCGCACAAUACAGUUUACACAGUUGAAGCCAUAUUUCAGCGUGAUAUGUAGAACGGUAAGGCAGUAGAUUCAUAUAAUGUCCGUAAUUCCUGGCCAUUAUUCAUAAGAUUUCAUUCAUAUACCCUUUUCUACGUUCGUGUUCAAUAUAUAAGCCCUUUGUAAUGGCACGAUAUAUAUAAAGUCAGAUGUUUAACUGUCAAUCUCAAUAUCUUUGCAGCGUUAAGUAACCCGUCAAUGCCGAGAACAUUUGGUGACAGCUUAAUUCAUAAAUCUCAUGUGGACGUUAUGGUUGAAGUCGACUAUCCUUUACCCGAAUUGAAGACCGAGGAACCAAAUAAUGUGGAAAAAUCUAUUGGGAAACUGAUAGCCGAAAAUUUGGUGGAAGAUGGCGCCACACUUCAAAUGGGUAAGCUGCAGUUUUGUUGCGUUCUCUAUGUUUGUAUAUACCUAAUCCCAGAGUAAUUUAAUACUUUACUAUUUUAAGUAUUAGUAAAGUUAAGCAAGGCUUAUAGUCCAGUACGGAGACGUGAGGAAAAACAGCCUCAAAUCUUACGCUUUUACAGUAGGCUAUAUAGUUACCAUGGAAAUUAUAAACAAAAACGCAUCAAUAGUGAGUACAUGGCUGCAGCAGUUAGAUAUCAGUCGGUAUCAAUAACUCCAAUUAUUAUAUGCACGAGGUCUGGAUAUCAGGUAUUCUGCAAUCUGAUUGGUUCUCUAUACUAGCAGGAUAUUAGCUCGCAUCUUGCUAGUAGAGAAAAACAAAAUGGCAGCACAAACUGAAUUUCCGACGUUUGCGAACGAGAAAACGGCAAGUUGUUCGCUUUCUAUAGCCUUUAUACAGGAUUAAAAACACAAUGAAAAGACUCCCACAAAUUGUUUACAGGUUUAAUAGCAAACGAAUUUUUAAAAUUUAAAAUGGUUAAAAAUAUAUAUUUUUGAAAAAAAUAAUCGGCCGAAAGAGCGAAGAUAAAAACAUAAACAGAAUAGAAAAAUAUUGAAAAUAUCCUAAAAGCAAAGUCUGUCCAUUCAGACCUUGUGUAUAUAAUAAAACAGUUAUUCCAUUCACUCUCGUCGAAUAUGAGCGAUAGCCGAUUCGGCACUACGCGCCUCAUCGGCUAUCAGCUCAUAUUCGACUCGAGUUCGUAGAAUAACUGUUAAAUAGUUAACAUGCACCGAAGGACGUAAACGAAUGUAAUUAUUCAGUUAAGUAAAUUUGCAAACGUAAAAAAAAAUUCUGAUUGGCUCUACAUGUAUUAUUAUUAUUAUUAUUAUUAUUAUUAUUAUUAUUAUUAUUAUCAACGUACUACAUAUUUUGCUGUAGAAAUAAAGAAUGGACAAAUCCCGAACUAAUGAACAUUUAAAGUAACUAUUUCUGUAAAUAAGUAAAAUUUUUGUAUAUAAAAUUAUAACCAUGCACGUAUAAGUGAUUCACACUGCCACUGUCCUCAGUGGCGUAACAACUAUGGGCUCGGACUGGGAGAAUCCGGGGGCCACCAACCCCAAUGGGCCCGCAAAUGGGGGCCCCAGGCUCAGGCUAUAGAGCAAAAACAUUGGCCAAGGGCCUCUGAUAUGUUACAAUGGCGUUUUCUGACCAUCAGAAUUCUGUAAAAUCUCUCCCCAAAGUCCGGGAAAUGGUAUUUCAGAGAAUUUAGAUUCAAAAAUUUUCUGGGUGAGCAUGCUCUGGACCCCUAAAAAACUCGUCCAUAUAUGGUGCUUAAAGAUAUAAUUUUGCAGUGUGUAUUAAAGGGAUAUUUUUUGUCAAGAGAACAGUUUCGUUAACAUUUGUAUAGUUGUAUUGGAAAAAAAAUUGCAUGCGAGAAGACAUAUUUAAAAAAAACAUGCAUACACAGCUGACAACCUGGAAAAAAAUGCAAACAAAAAAAAUUUACCCCCCCCCCCAUCACUUUUCUAAUGGUCUGUCCCUUAGAUGAAAACCAGAGAAGGCACAACACGAUUUCACAACAUGAAUUUAACAAUUUUGAAAAUCAAAACACCAUUAGUCAAAAUGCAAAUUUGGAGGUAAACAGCAAUCUGGAUUUGCAUACAGACAAUGAUAUUGUCCAAAACAGUCACGAACGGCAAGAAACCGAAGCUGUAGAGGGCUUUGAAGUGACUAAUGACUGUCUUGGUGAACCACACGCCGGCAUACAUGAAGCAGGACGUCUACCCGACUAUGUUGCUGUUGAUAUACCAUCGAUUACCAUCUGGGGACGCAGAGCGGACGGCUCAAUAAUUACGGUCAACUCGUCAACCAUAAUUAAUGCAUACCAUGAAAUUACGCGAUGGCGUAAAAAUACUUUCCUCGUCCCGUAUGGCAAAGUUGGGCGAGACUUUAUCGACCAGCUAACACAACAUAUAAACGAUUGGAACAACGCAUCGCAAACACAACACAUAGCGCUGAAAGCUGCAAUUGUUCUCUUGGCAACGGCACUGCAAAAGCCAAGCGUAAAAUCGAAGGCAAAAGAUCACAAAGAGUGCUUGGAAAAACGACUAGCGCUAUGGAAAGAAGGAGAAGUCGAGAGCUUACUUCGUGAAGGCCGGUCCAUUCAAAAGAGUUUAGCAAAGGCUAAAAGGACGGAGCCUCCAAAUAAAGCGAAGAUAUUCGCCAAGUUGGUCAUGGAAGGUCAGAUCAAUUCUGCUUUGAGAUAUCUCAGUGAGGCUGAUUGUGAUGGAGUGCUGCCUUUGACUGACGACGUGAUGAGACAGCUUCAGGAGAAACGCCCUGAGGCACAAGAGGCCAAACUUGGCUCGUUACUCUUCGGGCCAUUUGAGGAA